AUGAUAAAAAUGAGCACAAAGGGCGCUGUAGUUCAAGGUCUAUGGAGAGAAAAACAGCAGCAGAGGCCAAAGCGUCCUCACUUUGAGACCAUACUGACUUAUGUCCUGCUGUCCUCCAUGUCUCUGCUCACUGCAUCUCUCAAUGUUCUGGUCAUCAUCUCUGUCUCCCACUUCAAGCAGCUCCACACCCCCACCAGCCUCCUCAUCCUCUCUCUGGCUGUUUCAGAUUUCUUUGUAGGCCUCCUCCUGGUGUUUCAAACUACACUCACAAACGGCUGCUGGUACAUUGGUGACCUCAUGUGUGCUCUGUAUCAGUAUCUAGCAUGCAUCAUUACUUCUACUUCAAUAGGAAACAUGGUGCUCAUAUCUGUUGAUCGCUAUAUUGCUAUUUGUGAUCCUCUGCAUUACUCCACCAAAAUCACACUGAAAAGAGUCAAGAUCUGUGUUUGUUUGUGUUGGACAUGUUCUGUGUUCUAUCAAAGUCUGAUACUGAAGGAUGUCCUGGAACAACCAGGCAGGUAUAACUCCUGCUUUGGAGAGUGUAUCAUUGUCAUCAACCCCAUUGCUGGACUUGCACACAUUAUUAUUUCCUUCACUGGUCCCAUUACUGUUAUUCUAAUUCUGUAUAUGAAAGUAUUUGUGGUGGCUGCAUCUCAGGCUCGUGUCAUGAGGUCUCACACUGCAGCUGUCACACUCCAGGGUUCAAUGAAAGUAUCAGCUAGGAAAUCUGAAAUGAAAGCAGCCAGGACUCUUGGUGUUGUUGUAGUUGUGUUUAUAAUAUGUCUCUGCCCAUAUUAUUUUGUUGCUCUUACAGGCCAAGAUAAUUUGCUCAGUGUUGCAUCUGCUACCUUUGUCAUAUUUUGGACAUACAUUAACGCCUGUCUAAAUCCUUUGAUCUAUGCCUUUUUCUACCCCUGGUUUAGAAAAUCUGUUAAACUCAUUGUCACACUUAAGAUACUUCUGCCUAAUUCCUCUGAGGCCAAAAUGCUGUAG